AUGUCUGCCACAAGUGUCCAGUUCGCAGGCAACGCAGCCACCGCCGCCCACUUCGACAACCUACUCCGUUUGGUGAAUCACAAGGAUGAAACUGUCAACGACGCCCAGCAUGCGCAGAAGGAACGUGAUCGUUUGAUACGUCUCAUGCGUGGCGCGCGCGUUCGGAUUCCAGACCUCCAGGCCACGCUGGGCCACUGGGCUCAAGGAGUGAACCCCGAGAUUGAGCGUCUGGAGCUUGAUUCACAAGAGGCGUUGGCAAAGAUCCUACACCGCCCCGAGGAUUCAGGUCGUCUCAAAAAGAUGAACAGGUCCGGCGUUGCUCUCUUCGGUGCGUCUUGGUGGGCGUAUGCGCCGUAUGAAGCCCUCCUUAUCGCCACGCUCCUCUCCAUCUGGCUGUUUGUGUGGGACGACGAGUCCGACUCGGUCGAAUUCUCCGACCUCAUCAACGACUUUGAGAGGUCAUGUGCUUUCCGAAGGGAGACAAUGGCGUACAUCGAGGCGAGCAUGCAGAAGAAUCGCACAUUCGACCUGUCCACCAUCUCUACGAACCCUGUCGUCACAAACUUCAGGCCUGUUGGCGAGACUAUUGCUGUACACUGCAACGACAGACAAAUCAAGACUUUCCUUGACGAGCUUCGAUUCUUCAUCACGAUGAGCGAGGAGGAACAGAUGUACCAAAUGACACCAAACAUCCCCACCGUGGAGGAAUACAGCAACCGUCGCAUGGGUUCGAGUGCCGUGCGCGUUUGUCUUGCCAUCACGGAAUAUGCCUUUGGCAUUACGCUGCCUGACGAGGUCAUGAAGGACGAGGACAUGGAGAACAUCUGGAACGAGACCAACAUCAUCAUCUCAACAACCAACGAUAUCCUCUCCAUCAAGAAAGAAGUUGCCCAAGACCAGGUCGACACACUCGUCCCUCUGCUCGCUGAUCGCCUUGGCUCGCCACAAGCCUCCAUCGACUGCUCAUCACAAAUUGUGGAGGAGUCGGUCAAGCGCCUCGAUGCCGCAUCCGAGAGGUUGCUGGCUCGCUACGCGCACGACGAGAAGACGCGGGCGGACCUUGGCAAGUUCAUUGAGGGUUGCCAAUAUGCUUGCACGGCGAAUUUGAACUGGAGCAUGGUCUCAGGUCGCUACAGGCUGAACCUGACAACGAUGAAGGGCGGCGUUUGGGUCACUCUGUGA